GUCAAUCGAGUUCAGUUCAGAAGAGAAAAAAAACAACAAAAAUGUUUUCUCUUGUUCGAUGCUUGGACCUCCAAAAAAUUUAGUGUGAAAAAUCUAAAUUUUGCACAGUUUCUCUGCUGAAAUCCGGCUAAAAACACCAUGUGGAUCCCUCCGCGCGAGUGCGCAAUGCCGUUUGCAUUGUGGCUCAGCGAGAGCACCCUGACCACGUCCAACUACUUUAUGCUGCAGCGUCGGAAGGGCCACGGCGGCCAGCGCGGGUUCUCGUCGAUGCUGGUCGGCACGCUGGACAACGUACUGGACACGAAGCCUUCGCCCUACCGGAUACUGCACCUGCAGCCCUCGACCGGGUUGUACUACGAAAUCGCCGCCGACAUCACGCUGGAAGCAAUUCUCAAGGACUGGGAGUGGCUCUCGAAGAAUCUGUUCCGCGUGAUCAACGAGAUGGAAACGGAGGAGGAAAUCACAAACUUCACCAUUUGCAAGAUCCAAUCACUGCUGGCGCACAGUUCGCGUACCACCGAGGAAUCGUCCAUGGUCGACCCGACCAGUUUCCACGUGAUGGUGAGCAAGUUCCGCGAAAAGUUCAAAAUGCCCGAGGACGAAAAGCUCGUCAGUCACUACUCGUGCAGUUACAUCAAGAAGGUUCCCCGGCAGGGUCAGCUGUAUCUGUCGUUGAACCAUCUGUGCUUUUACUCGUACCUGUUUGGGGCGGAGAGCAAGCUGCGGUUCCGGUACAAUGAGUUGACGGAUAUAAAAAAGUCUGGGAAUAUGAUUACGAUCAAGACGACGCAGAUGAAGGAGUACACGUUUGCGUUUUUGUACUCGCCGUCGGAAGCGUACAACUUGAUCGAGCAGAUGUCGAAGAUUACGAUGCAGAAGUUGAUCCAGGAUCCGGACCGGCCGAUCGUGGACCAUGAUCCGGUGGUGGGUCGCAAGAUGGAGAAGAACGUGGGCCAAAAGACGGUGCUGUUGCGGGAUUUGACGACGCGGCAGUUGAGCGACGAGUACCGGGCGCACUUCCGGCUGCCGCUGGCGGAGAUGCUGGACGGGAAGAUUACGGCGGCGCUUUGGACGCCGUACACGAAGAAGCACGUGAACGGGAUGAUUUAUCUGUCCCAGAGCUACAUGUGCUUCAAGAGUGAUGUGUACGGACUGGUUGGGCUGGUCAUUCCGUUGAACAAGAUUAUGAGCGUUGAGAAGAAAGAAGACCCGCACGAUCGGUUCAGCAAUCGGAUCAUCGUGACGACCUCGGAUGCCAACAUUUUCCUGUUUUCGCACAUUCUGGAUCGGGACUUUCUGAUCGGUCGGAUCUCGGAUCUGCUGUCCAAGACGGUGACUCCACCCAGGUACAGCGAGGACAUCGACUGGACGAAACAGGAACCGCUGAUGCACCUGUUCAAGGACCCGGACAACAAGGCGUUUGACGACCUGCAGGCGGAGAAGCUCAAAAAAUGGGAAGAACACUUCUCGAUCUACGGCCGGGGCAUUUCGAUGUUCCGCACGACGGAGACGAUCAACCUGGUCAUCGACGGCAUUCCGGACGCGCUGCGCAGCGAGCUGUGGAAGAUCUACUCGGGCGCGAUCAACAUGAAGCUGAUGCAUCCGGGGCUGUACAAGGAGUUGGUGGCGCAGUCCGCGGGUCAGCACUCGUCCACGUUCGAGGAAAUCGAGCGCGACCUGCACCGAUCGCUGCCGGAACAUCCGGCCUUCCAGACCAACAUCGGCAUCAUGGCGCUGCGGCGGGUUCUGCAGGCGUAUGCGGUGCGUAAUCCGGAGAUUGGUUACUGCCAGGCGAUGAACAUCGUCUCGUCGGUAUUUCUCAUUUACUGUGACGAGGAGGACGCCUUCUGGAUCCUGUGCUGUCUGUGCGAGUCGCUGCUGCCGGACUAUUACAAUGACAAGGUCGUCGGGGCACAGAUCGAUCAGGGGUUGUUGGACGAGCUGAUUGGGACGCAUCUGCCGAGUCUGCACGUCAAGUUGGGCGAUUUGGGCAUGAUCCGGAUGAUAUCGCUGUCCUGGUUCUUGACCAUCUUUCUGAGCGUGAUGCCGUACGAGAGUGCGCUGCACAUCAUCGAUUGCUUUCUUACCGACGGAGCCAAAGUGAUAUUCAUUAUUGCGCUGAAGAUCCUGGAAUGGAACCAGGAAAAGCUCCUCAAUUGUAAAGACGACGGUGAGGCGAUGCAGUUGCUGUCGAACUACCUGAUGGGCAUUUACAACGACGAAGUUCAACAGAUCAAAAACAUGGACAAGGAGCGGAGUCAGUUGAGGAGUCAAUCGGUACAAACGCUGAUCUACGACGCGUAUCGUAACUUUGGCAAGCAAAUCACAUCCCAGCGGAUCGAGGAGCUGCGAAACAAGCACCGGCGGUUGACGAUCCACCAGCUGGAGAAGGACCUGGAGACGAGCUUCGUCAGGAACUACAAGGACAAUGGUUACUUCGACGCCGACGAGCUCCGGAUGCUGCUGUGCUACACCAAGGACGAGAAGAUUACGCUCAAGAACUGCAGCCGGCAGACGAGCGUGGCCGGCGGUACCGAGCAGGUGUACGACGCGGCCCUGCUGCAGGACACGAAGAAGCGCUGCCGAGACAACCGGUACGACUGCUUCCGGGUAGAUUUCGACACCUUCCGGAAGCUGUUCAUCGAGCUGACCCCGUGGGGACACGUGCAGAACAUUGACGUAGCCGAGAAGCUGUUCCGGCUGAUGGACAAACAGGUCUGCGGAUAUCUCGAGUUCAAGCAGCUCAUCUUCGCACUAGGGAUCAUCUGCUCGAAGCGGGCAACCGAAAAGCUGAAGCUGCUCUACAUUCUGCACCUGCCACCGCUGUUGUCCGCGCAGGAGAUCGAAAACAGCAGCAGCAUGACCGAGUCGAAGGACUCGGACACGGAAGUCGCCACCGAAGCGGAAAGUUUCUUCAGCGACAACCCCAUUGAAACCAUCAAAUCCUUGCCAUCGCCAAUCGACAUCAGUCUGGAAGCGUCCGACGUGGAGAACCUCUCGCUGUCCCACUUUAACGCCGGAACGCCCAACCUGUCCAUCGACGAGUCGUCCACCAACGCCGAAACGUCCUCCAUUUUCUACGUUGACCUGCCCGUCCCGGUGGCGUCCACUUCGGCGGGCGGCAACCCAGCGGGCGAGGCCGAAUCGUUCGGCUCGCGGUCGGACAUCAGCGAUCUGGGCUUCAACCGGAUCAGCUUCGAGGACGCCAGCAGCAGCACGACCACCAACGGACGACGCGUUGCCGGUUAUGGGGGGAACGAAACGCGCAGCAUUAGCAGCCUGCGGAUAUUCCUGGACGAGCCGGACUCGAACUUUACCAACAAAACCAUUCCGAACAUGGCCCAGCGAAACUUUAUCGCACUGUGGACCACGCUGCUGGAGAUUCUGAACCGGGCCAAGCGGGUGCCGGACGCCGAGGUGCAGCAGGCUUACAACACGCUAAUUUCUCUGGGAGAAGACGCCGUACUAAACCGAAGUGAAGACAGCAUCGAGAGCUUCACCCAGUUUUCGAUACCAAACGAGACGGACCCCAACGGGAACCCCUCUGGCGGUGCCGGCCCCGUCCCCGCUGUUCCGCUGGACCGCAGCUCGGCUUCCGCCGCGUCCACCCCGAAGCGACAUUCCGCGGGACGGAGAAGCGCGGACGGUGGCGGCCUCUGGGAGGUCACGCUGAACCAGUUUGUCGCGACGACCAUCUCGGUGUGUGCCAUCGACGAGCACUUUACGCAGCCGUUUUCCAUCAUGUCCCGCAUCGAAAUGCUCCAGAAGAACCGACGAAAGUGCAAAGCUUAAGGGCAAACACGAUACGUAAAAAAGUCAGGCUGUUUUUGUUUUUAUUGUGCAAAACAUAAAGCUUACGUGCUUCUGCUUCGAAAUAGAAAGGGCCGACAAUCCCAAGAGUGGAAGAAAAUACGGACAGAGUCCUCUCUCCCGGGUUGGAACCUGCUCUGCAAAGUGCUCUUGUGACAAAAGACGACAAAAAAAAAGUACGAACAAAAUCACAUUUUUAGGAAACUAUUACAAAGCAAACAAAAUAAGCAGCAGCUUCGUCCACGUGUGGCAUUAAAUUGACAAAGUUUUAGUGCAUGAAAUGUACCUUCUUUCACAAACAGCAUAUUUACCUAACAACACGGAUAAUAUUGUGUAAUCUCUAUUAGGCCAUUAUGACAGAUUAUUGUUAUCGGAUGAUGAUUAUUAUUAAUAUAAUGGAAUAUUUUUAUCCUAA